GGGCUUCACAUUAUGCCCUCCUUAUCGAGACGGAAAAAGUCCUAGCAUUCAACCUUAGUUGUCUUAGAUUUUUCUGUUCAUCUCAUUACAUAAUAAAUCGGUAACAUCCGAGCGGGACCGACCGGUACCGACUGACACUCAACGUCUGACGGGAAACCAUUGACAUUACUCUUCUUCAAUUCGCUGUGAACUUUGAUUGAUAUUCAAGACAUCUUUAUCGAAACCUCUCCGUCAGUCCAAUCUAAACUUUUAACACUUUGUUGAUUUGGAUUGAGACAGUGAGUCAAGUUUGAAAGAAAUAGGCUAAAUCCAAACGAAAGAGUGAAUUGUGACUGGCGUGAACAUGCGAGGGACAGACGUGUCAACAAUAGCGCGCGGUUCUGUGUCGUGACGGCUCUGUUUUCACCCGAGGUUUGCCUUCUUUGACCCAGCUAAUGGUUCCUUGAAAGUCAAUCAGCUGGAGCAACAAAGUUUAACGAAAAACAAAACCUAGACUGCAACUUGCAAACCCAGCCAAGCGCGACCAUGACAACUGCCACGCCCCCCUCCUCACACACCCCCUCCCCCCAGAAGGUGUGCCACUCCCAGACGCAGACGGACGUGCUGAAGCCGCUCCUCGGGGGUGGCGGCGGGGGAGCGGGCGGCGGGGGUAUGAGCCCCGCCGCGCUGAGGCGACGUCGCCGGGUCCUCUCCAAGGACGGCCGCAGCAAUGUGCGCAUCGAGCACGUGAGCGGCCGCAGCGCCCUCUACCUGCGCGACCUCUGGACGACCUUCCUGGACAUGCAGUGGCGCUACAAGCUCUUCCUGUUCUCCGCCACCUUCGCCGGCACCUGGUUCCUGUUCGGGCUGCUGUGGUACCUGGUGGCGCUGGUACACGGGGAUCUGCUGGAGUUCGACCCCCCCUCGAACCACACGCCCUGCGUGAUGCAGGUCCAGACGCUGACCGGGGCGUUCCUCUUCUCGCUGGAGUCGCAGACCACCAUCGGCUACGGCUUCCGCUGCAUCACCGAGGAGUGUCCGGCCGCCAUCAUCCUCCUCAUCUUGCAGCUCGUCAUCACCAUGGUGAUGGAGAUCUUCAUCACCGGCACCUUCCUCGCCAAGGUGGCUCGGCCGAAGAAACGGGGCGAGACAGUGAAAUUCAGCCAGCACGCCGUGGUGGCCAAUCACGAGGGACGGCCCUGCCUCAUGAUCCGUGUGGCCAACAUGCGCAAGAGCCUGCUGCUGGGCUGCCAGGUGACUGGCAAGCUGCUCCAGACCUCCCUGACGAAGGAGGGGGAGACGGUACGACUGGACCAGAGGAACGUGGCUUUCAAGGUGGACACGUCCAGCGACAGCCCCUUCCUCAUCCUACCCCUCACCUUCUACCACGUCAUCGAUGACAGCAGCCCACUCAGGGCCUGGGCAGCCAAAGGCGGCGGCUGGACGGACCCCGAGCUGGCGGACUUCGAGCUGCUGGUGAUCCUGAGCGCCACGGUGGAGCCCACGUCGGCCACCUGCCAGGUGCGCACCUCCUACCUGCCCGACGAGAUCCUGUGGGGCUACGAGUUCCCGCCCGUCGUCUCCCUCUCGCCCUCGGGCAAGUACGUGGCCGACUUCGCCUUCUUCGACAAGGUGGCCAAGACCAAGGCGCCGCCCGUCUUCAAGCAGGCCCCGCCGCCACCGGCGCCCCAGUCCAGCCCGCGCUCGCCCCGCCACAGCGGCACGACGGGCCUCGGGGGCACCGGGGGGGAUGAGGGCGGCGGCGGCGGCGGCGACCCGGAGAAGAUGCGGCUGGAGGAGAGCUACCGGGAGGACAGGGAGCGCGGGAGGGAGAGGAGCGGACGCGUGCGAGACAGCAGUCCCCUCAACGUUCGCAUCAGCAAUGUAUAGAUAGAGAGAGAGAGAGAGAGAAGGAGCGAGAGAGAGAGAGAGAGAGAGAGAGAGAGAGAGAGAGCGAGAGAGAGAGAGCGAGAGAGAGACUAAGGCCCCAUUCAGACCGCUGCGUGCGUUUUCAUGUUUGUGUCCAUGUUGAUAUGUUAGGGCGUGCACACUGCCUGCGUGAUACACAAGUCUCAGGCGUGCACUGAAAAGGCGUGCGUGCCAGAAAGGUUUUUCACAUGAAGUGUGAGCGCGUUGGAAGCAUGUCCAUUCAAAACAGACAGUGAAGAGAUGUUUUAAUAGGCAGACUGGCUGCAGCUUCGCCACAUCAGAGACGUUUCUGGUAUGAACGCACAUAUAAAACGGGACACAACAGCCACGAAAAGAUACGCAAUGCACACGCCACGUCGACGGUCUGAAUUAGCCCUAAGGGAGGUAGCAUGAGAGAAACGAGUCCAAAUGCGGGGGGACGGAAAAAAGGAGAAGGUGGUUGGGCGUCUUUCGAUGAGAUGACUAAAACUGGAAUAUAAAAACAUCUAGUCUCAGGAUGAAGUGUGAGAGAGAAAGAGUGAUAAAUAGUGGAAGAAAAAGAGAGAGAAAGAGAGAGACUGAAAGAGUGAGUGAAAGAGUGGAAAACGCGUGGGUGAACUUAGACAUAAACAAGAAGCGAAUCGAAGGUUACAAGUACUUUGUCAGUAAAGUUCAGCUGCUUUAUAUAUAACACUCACAGGUACACACAGAUGUAGACAUAUACUGGCACACGCACACACACACACACACACACACACACACACACACACACACACACAUACAUAACACACGCACACACACAUAACACACAACCCUUUGCAUUUACACAUGGAUGGGAUAUGAAUGAAUCUAUAUGGUCACUCACUGGAAGCUGUGGAGAUUGUCACGGAAUCUUUGCCAGGGCGAGUUGGCUUCUGAAGGACUCUGAUCUUGUAAAUGUUUCAGAAUUUAUCUGUAUUUUUAUCUACUCUCACAAGAAAUAUAUGUAAUUCUGUGUGGACUGAAAAAUGCCAGUUUGUGGCUUGUCGACCGGCCAAUUUGGAUAUGAAUAUGAAAAAGAAAAAAAGAAAUCAGUUGUAAACCACUGUAGACUGUAGCCGAUGACUUUUGCAAAGGUACUCUAUGUGUUGCGUAGAUCUGGCACUGAAAUACUGGAGCCUGGUUGUUACUGUAAGCCUCAUAUCUUGAAGGAUCUGUGUCGGAAUCUAUGUGUUAUACUGUAUAUCUUUAUUUGUAUCUAACGGUGCCAGUUGAAAGAGUUCUCACCCGUGUGUAGAUAUAGUUCUUCUACUUCUAGGUCCUGCUUAUAGGGGGAACUGGGUUGACUGGGUGGGUUUUUGUUGUAUGUUAACAGUACUAAAAGCACUUUAACUCAUUGAAGAAAGGGAACUUUAACAUGCAUUAUGUGUGAGGUGGGACUAACCUGCUGUGGCAUAGCUGCCUUCUCGCUCCCUUUGUGUGUGUGUGUGUGUGUGUGUGUGUGUGUAUACAGUGUGUGUGUGUGUGUGUGUGUGUGUGUGUGUGUGUGUGUGUGUGUGUGUGUGUGUGUCUGUGUGUCUGUGUGUCUGUGUGUCUGUGUGUCUGUGUGUCUGUGUACUGUAUGGUGUGAAUGUGUUUGCUUAAGAGUGCCUAUUUGUUUGUUUGUACAUGGAUGGUUGUUUGGAUUUAGGUAUGACCAAUCUCUCUCCUGAGUAAAACGGCACGAUAAAUAAGUCCAUUCUCACUUUUUAUUCUGACAAUAUAUCGAGGGACUGUACCACCCACAUAGAAACUAGGGUUCUGCAAAAUGUCUGCAAAAUUCUGAAUUUAUUUCUGAAUUGAGUCCAACUCCUAAAUUCCAGGCCAAUUCUUGAAUUUGAAUUUAAUUUGGAUUGAGAUCAAAAGCAGGAUCUAACUUCCUGUCAUUCCAAUUCCAACUUCUGGUGUGGUGGAGCCAAUUCCCAUUCAACUUCCUGUGGGGUGGUGGAGCUAAUUCCAAUUCAUGGAGGCCAAUUCUUAAAUUCUGAAUUUUGCAAAAGCCUGAUAGAAACAUGCUUUAAGCAUAUCCCUGGAUCAACACUGUAGGCUGAGUGCAGACACAGUGCAGACUCUGUCAUAUGCUACAAUGUUGCUACUGUAUGCUCUGAACAUCUGUAUUUUACAGAUCUGAUGCAACGUGACAGUUCAUUUAAGCAUCACAAUGAGUUUGGCAAAUUAACAUACAAUUGUGUGAUACAGCCAAAACUGGAGCUACUUCAUAGAGUAGAUACUGUAACAUAUACGGUUAUUAUACCUUCUAAAGAGCACAUGUCAAUGGGAGAUUCAGCCAAGCAGUGGUAAAAUAUCUUGUAAUGGUUGUACUGGGAUAUCACAAGAGAGAAUUGAAAACUCUUGACAAAAUAUUCCAUCCGCCAUGAUAUGAAUAUUUCAGUGUCAACUUCCAAGUGAAGUAUAAUGAAGUGAAGUAUUAGUUAUAUUCACAAAUUCUUCACUGCAUAACCUCCAGUCGCCUACUUCCUUGUACAGUACAUUGACUGGCUGCCAUCAUUCUUCCUGCCAGUUUACAAUUCAAAAUCAUCAUUUUAUUUUUCAACAAUUUUCGACAAAAGAGAUGUAUGUUUCUAAUGGUACAUGUGAUGAAUAUACGUGAAUAUGAUUUGGCAAAGUGUUGGGCUUGGUCUGAGAUUAAAAGCUUUGCUUUGUGUAAGUAUGGUAAUGUAUGCAAUGUUAUCCUGUAGAGUUCCCUUUAAAAAAAAACCCAACUGGAUUUGCAUUUAUUUUUUUCUUAACAGCUAAUCAUAUCAAGUGCCUGUUUUUUUUUUUUUUUUUUAAUAAACUGUUUGGAGG